AUAAACACAAGUCCUGACGCAGCGUGACAUAGAGAGAGGAUAGUGUGGCUGAUCGGGGGAGACUUGCAUGUCAUAUAAUCACAAAUACCAUCGAGUAACACGAGAUGAAGGGCGCGCUGGAGCUGCAGCAGAGGGUGAGCGCGCACGCAGACGCGAGCUGCUGGUACGUCGCGUGGAGCCCGGCUGGAACGCUGCUUGCGUCAUGCGGCGGAGACCGCGCCGUGAGAAUCUGGGGGAAAGAAGGAGACAGCUGGGAAUGUAAGUGUGUCUUGGCCGAUGGACACCAGCGUACGGUCAGAAAGGUAGCCUGGUCUCCCUGCGGGAAAUAUCUGGCAUCAGCCAGCUUUGAUGCCACAACAUGCAUCUGGAAGAAGACGAAUGAUGAUUUUGAGUCCCUGACAGUGCUAGAAGGUCAUGAGAACGAGGUCAAGUGUGUGGCCUGGGCUCCGUCUGGAAACUUACUGGCCACCUGCAGCAGAGACAAAAGUGUUUGGAUCUGGGAAGGUACAUCAGGAAGUGAUAAAUGA